CUCCACACAACCCUGUCUCCCCACAGUUCCAGAGAGGCGGAUAACACCAUCCCCCUGCCCAUUGGAGGCCUCAGCUACGUCCAGGGCCUCACAAAACGUGGUCUUAUCCACGAGACUGUGGGGCAGUGCCUGGAAGCCACAGCAAAGAGGGUCCCUGACAGAGAGGCCUUGGUCGUCCCCCAGGAAAACAUCAGGUUGACCUUUGCCCAGCUCAAGGAGGAGGUGGACAAAGCUGCUUCUGGGCUCCUGAGUAUCGGCCUCUGCAAGGGCGACCGGCUGGGCAUGUGGGGACCCAACUCCUAUGCAUGGGUGCUCAUGCAGCUGGCCACCGCUCAGGCGGGCAUCAUUCUGGUUUCUGUGAACCCAGCCUAUCAGGCUAUGGAGCUGGAGUAUGCCCUCAAGAAGGUAGGCUGCAAAGCCCUCGCUUUCCCCAAGCAAUUCAAGACCCAACAAUACUAUCACAUCUUGAAGCAGAUCUGUCCAGAGUUGGAGAAGGCCCAGCCAGGAGACUUGAAGAGUCAGAGGCUCCCAGACCUGACCACGGUCAUCUCGGUGGACGACCCUCUGCCGGGGACCUUGCUCCUGGAUGAGGUGGUGGCCUCUGGAGGCAAAGAGCAGCAUCUGGCCCAGCUCCGGUACAACCAGCAGUUCCUGUCCUGCCAUGACCCCAUCAACAUCCAGUUCACCUCGGGGACGACAGGCAGACCCAAGGGGGCCACCCUCUCCCACUACAACAUUGUCAACAACUCCAACCUGAUAGGGGAAAGGCUGAGGAUGCACCUGAAGACGCCGGAGGAAUCACGGAUGGUCGUGCCCAGCCCCUUGUACCACUGCCUGGGUUCUGUGGGGGGCACAAUGGUGAGCAUGAUGUAUGGCGCCACCCUCAUCCUAUCCUCUCCGACCUUUGAUGGCAAGAAGGCGCUGGAGGCCAUCAGCAAAGAGAGAGGCUCCUUACUGUAUGGCACCCCCACAAUGUUUGUGGACAUUCUGAACCAGCCAGACUUCUCCAGUUAUGACAUCUCGGCCAUGCUUGGAGGUAUGAUUGCUGGGUCCCCUGCACCCCCAGAGCUGAUCCGAGCCAUCAUUGACAAGCUGAACAUGAAGGAGCUGGUGGUGGCUUACGGAACCACUGAGAAUAGUCCUGUGACCUUCAUGAACUUUACCGAGGACACUGUGGAGCAGAAGGCAGAAAGUGUGGGCAGAAUUAUGCCUCACACAGAGGCCCAGAUUGUGAACAUGAAGACAGGGACGCUGGUGGAGCUGAACACGCCCGGAGAGCUGUGCAUCCGAGGGUACUGCGUCAUGCUGGGCUACUGGGGCGAGCCCCAGAAGACCAAGGAGACGAUUGGACAGGACAAGUGGUAUCGGACAGGAGACAUAGCUGUGAUGGACAAGCAGGGCUUCUGCAAGAUCGUCGGCCGCUCCAAGGAUAUGAUCAUCCGGGGCGGCGAGAAUAUCUACCCCGCGGAGCUCGAGGACUUCUUCCACACACACCCGCAGGUGCAGGAAGUGCAGGUGGUGGGAGUGAAGGAUGACCGGAUGGGGGAGGAAGUCUGUGCCUGCAUUCGCCUGAAGAAGGGAGAAAAGACUACGGAGGAGGAGAUCAAGGCUUUCUGCAAAGGGAAGAUCUCCCACUUCAAGAUUCCCCGAUAUGUCGUGUUUGUCACAAACUACCCCCUCACCGUCUCAGGAAAGAUCCAGAAAUUCAAACUUCGAGAGCAGAUGGAACAACAUCUAAACCUGUGAAUAAGGGACUGGGGGUCCUCCCAGGCCCUCCCUGCCCUUCCCCCACACUCCCGUCUGUCUUUGUGAUUUGGCAUAAAGAGCUUCUCUGUUUUCUUUGGUUCGUC